GAUGUAAUUGCAUCCUAAAAGACCUUGUUUAAUUUAUAUCUUUUUUAGUUACCCUUUUAGUAAUUAAAAGCUUUGUCAUAUUGUUUCGAGUAAGUGUAUUACAGAUGAUUAAUGUCAUGAAUAAUUCACAUAUUGCACAAUUAAUACAAGAAAUGGAUGUCAGGCUAUUUAGUGAAUAUAAUUGUGAUUCAAGUUUGAGACAUAUGGCUAUUAUAAUAACAAAUUGGGAAUAUAUGUAUGCUUUAAUGGCAAUUCAUGUGAAAUCUAUUAUAACUGAUGUAGGUUGUUAAGUAAUUUUAAAGUUGUAUAUUAAUAACAGCAAAGGGUGUAAACAAAGAACAUUCUGUCAUGAUGUGACAAUUCAGGAAUCUUUGUACAUAUACUGAUAAUGCAUUUAUAUGUUUUUGGAAUGAAGG